UAAAUGGCUGCGCUGUGCUCAGCGAGACAUCAGUCCGCUGCCGCGGGACUCCGGGCUGUGUUAGGGCUGGAGGUGGAGCUGGAGCUGACCGUGAGGGAGCUGCCGCUGGGCCGGGGUGCACCACUGCACUGCACCGGGGUCUCAAGGAGGGGUGUGUUGCUGCUGGCUCACUGCGAGCCGCCUCCAGCCUGCGCCGAGGCGCCUUCCCGCCAGGCCGCCUGCCUCCGUCUUCCGCCUCCCUCCAUUUCCCCGGAAUCUCAAGCCCGGCGCGCCUGGACCCUGGCUCUCCUCUGGGUGGGGAAGCCUCAGCCUUUUUCCGGCUUUACUCCUUUCUCUCAGGCUGGCCUUCCAGCCUUCUCUCUCCUUUUCCUGCAGUGGGUCUCACCCUUUUCGGUCCCCUCUAGCACAGGCUCCUUACCCCUUCCGUUUAGCCGAGUUCCAGCACCCCCGGUGAUUUUCCUUUGCUAAAGGUCCCAUCCUUCCUUCCUCCUUUCCCCUGCCGGUGGUCCAGCCUGUUCUGGCCCUUCCUCUUUCUUUAGGACGCUGUUUCCCCGGUUGCCUUCUCCCAGCCUGGAGUUCUAGAUCUUUUGGGUUUCCUCCCUAGUUCCUCCAAGGUACUUGUCCCUUUUUUUCCAGCUGGACUUUCAGAUCGUGAAUCUCUAGAAAACGAAAAUACCUCUCUAAACAUGAACUUUUCCUAGAGACUGCUCCAGUCUCCCUUCAUUUGCAGACUCCUUACUACCUAUGUCCCAGGUCUUACACUCACUUCCCUAAGGGCUGAGGCCUCCCCGGCUGAGGGAACAGCAUGAUGCUCCGGUGGUCUGGCGUCUGGGGACUUUCUCCACCUCGGAUCUUCUCCUCCUUGCUGCUGGUGGUGGCCUUGGUGGGACUGUUACCUGUUCUCAGGAGCCAUGGCCUCCAGCCCAGCCCUACUGCCAGCACCAUCAGAGGUUCUGAACCACCACGGGAACGCUCAAUUGGGGACGUCACCACUGCUCCAUCGGAGCCCCUCCACCGCCCAGACGACCGCAAUUUGACCAAUGUAUACAUUGGACAUGGCGUUAAUUCACUUCGAAAGGCCUUUCCAGUCCUGGACAUUGACUACUUACACGUGCGCACACCAUUCGAGAUCUCCCUCUGGAUCCUCCUGGCCUGCCUCAUGAAGAUAGGUUUCCAUGUGAUCCCCACCAUCUCGAGCAUCGUCCCGGAGAGCUGCCUGCUGAUCGUGGUGGGGCUGCUGGUGGGGGGCCUGAUCAAGGGUGUUGGCGAGACGCCCCCCUUCCUGCAGUCAGACGUCUUCUUCCUCUUCCUGCUGCCGCCCAUCAUCCUGGAUGCGGGCUACUUCCUGCCACUGCGGCAGUUCACGGAGAACCUGGGCACCAUCCUGAUCUUUGCCGUGGUGGGCACACUGUGGAACGCUUUCUUCCUGGGUGGCCUCCUGUACGCCGUGUGCCUGGUGGGCGGUGAGCAGAUCAACAACAUUGGCCUGCUAGACACCCUGCUCUUCGGCAGCAUCAUCUCAGCCGUGGACCCCGUGGCCGUGCUCGCUGUCUUCGAGGAGAUCCACAUCAACGAGCUGCUCCACAUCCUCGUCUUCGGGGAGUCCCUGCUCAAUGAUGCCGUCACUGUGGUCCUCUAUCACCUCUUUGAGGAGUUUGCCAACUAUGAAUAUGUGGGCAUCUCGGACAUCUUCCUCGGCUUCCUGAGCUUCUUCGUAGUGAGCCUCGGUGGGGUGUUUGUGGGCGUGGUCUACGGCGUCAUCGCAGCCUUCACCUCGCGAUUCACCUCCCACAUCCGGGUCAUCGAGCCGCUGUUCGUCUUCCUCUACAGCUACAUGGCUUACCUGUCGGCCGAGCUCUUCCAUCUGUCAGGAAUCAUGGCACUCAUCGCCUCGGGAGUAGUGAUGCGCCCCUACGUGGAGGCCAACAUCUCCCACAAGUCACACACCACCAUCAAGUACUUCCUAAAGAUGUGGAGCAGCGUCAGCGAGACCCUCAUCUUCAUCUUCCUCGGAGUCUCCACCGUGGCCGGCUCCCACCAGUGGAACUGGACGUUUGUCAUCAGCACCCUGCUUUUCUGCCUCAUCGCCCGGGUACUGGGUGUGCUGGGCCUGACCUGGUUCAUCAACAAGUUCCGCAUUGUCAAGCUGACCCCCAAGGACCAGUUCAUCAUCGCCUACGGGGGCCUGCGAGGCGCCAUCGCCUUCUCCCUGGGCUACCUCCUGGACAAGAAGCACUUCCCCAUGUGUGACCUGUUCCUCACGGCCAUCAUCACCGUCAUCUUCUUCACCGUCUUCGUGCAGGGCAUGACCAUUCGGCCCCUGGUAGACCUGUUGGCUGUGAAGAAAAAGCAAGAAACAAAGCGUUCCAUCAACGAGGAGAUCCACACACAGUUCCUGGACCACCUUCUGACAGGCAUCGAGGACAUCUGUGGUCACUAUGGCCACCAUCACUGGAAGGACAAGCUCAACCGGUUCAAUAAGAAGUAUGUGAAGAAGUGUCUGAUAGCCGGUGAGCGCUCCAAAGAGCCCCAGCUCAUUGCCUUCUACCACAAGAUGGAGAUGAAGCAGGCCAUUGAGCUGGUGGAAAGUGGAGGCAUGGGCAAGAUCCCUUCCGCUGUCUCGACCGUCUCCAUGCAGAACAUCCACCCCAAGUCCGUGACUUCAGAUCGCAUCUUGCCGGCGCUGUCCAAGGACAAGGAGGAGGAGAUCCGCAAAAUCUUGAGGAGCAACCUGCAGAAGACCCGGCAGCGGCUGCGGUCCUACAACAGACACACGCUGGUGGCCGACCCCUACGAGGAAGCCUGGAACCAGAUGCUGCUCCGGAGGCAGAAGGCCCGGCAGCUGGAGCAGAAGAUCAGCAACUACCUGACGGUCCCGGCCCACAAGCUGGACUCACCCACCAUGUCGCGGGCCCGCAUAGGCUCAGAUCCACUGGCCUAUGAGCCUAAGGCAGAUUUGCCCGUUAUCACCAUCGACCCAGCCUCCCCACAGUCGCCUGAGUCUGUGGACCUGGUUAAUGAGGAUUUGAAGGGCAAGGUCCUGGGGCUAAACCGGGAUCCAACAAGGGUGACUCGGGAGGAGGAAGACGAGGAUGAGGAUGGCGUGAUUAUGAUGCGGAGCAAGGAGCCCUCAUCCCCGGGCACCGACGACGUCUUCACCCCUGGACCAAGUGACAGCCCCAGCUCCCAGAGAAUACAGCGCUGCCUCAGUGACCCAGGCCCCCACCCUGAGCCUGGGGAGGGGGAGCCUUUCAUCCCCAGAGGCCAUUAGAGCCAGGCCCGUGGGUGUCCAUGGACUCUCCCACAGAGUGGGGGCUGGGAGCUCCCUUGCCUCCUGACCUGGAUCGGCCCUGCCCCCUUCCCACGCAUGGCAGCUGGGUCCACAACCCCCCCGCUGCAGCACGGCUCGCCCCUGCCUCCUGGGAAGUGUCCUCUCCCACCAGUACUGCCUGCCCAAUCCACUAGGCAGAACAGCUGGGCUGCUGAGGCAGGCCCCGCCCCAUCUCGAGAUCCAGGCUCUCCCAUACAGGAACCAGGGCUCCACGAGGCCCUCCCUUCCCGCAGCCCCCUCCUCAUCCAGACCAAUUUUCCAUCUUUGAUCAUCACUUAUAACCAAAGAGCCACUGGUUCCACUGUGGUCCUGCCAGGAAAGGAGGGAGCUGAACCUUCCUUGGCCUUGACCAGGCCCUCCCGUAUCUGAGGACAGCAGGCAUGUGGCUGGGAGACAGAUGGGUGACCCAUGGCAGACCCACACUACUCCUGCCAGCCAUGGCCCCCCUGGCCAGCUACCUGAGCUGCCCUCACUCAGAGCUGCAGGCUGAGGGCACCUCUGAGCUCCCUGCUGGGAACUGGGUGAUGGAACAGUGGCGGGACUUGGGUGAUGAGGACCACUGGGCCUUUCUGGGGCUGCGACAUGGGAGGGACUGUCCGAGGCUCCAGAAAAUGCCACCUUUUUACAUUUGGUUUAUUCGCACCUCCACGUAAGUACGGUUCUGUUUGCACAGAGGCACUCCUGUUUUUAGACCCUUUGAGACCCCCACACCAGUCAGAACUCACCCCCUACCCCCUCCUUCCUUCAUGCUGUCUAACACCUCCCCUUCCCUAGAUCGAACCUCUGCCUGCCGGGCUCUAUUGCCCACAGCACUGGUUGAGAUGUGGCCCAACAUGAGCAAGGGCCUCCUAGCACCCACCUUGCUCGAGGGUCUGCCUUUACUUCUGUUGGCCUGUUCCACCACCACCCCUUAUCCAGACCACCUGCAUACCCAGCCUGCAGUGAAGCCCAGCCUGGGCAUAGGCUUCCCCCAGGGUCUCCUGUCCUGGCCAGGGCUGCUGGAGUAGACAGUACUGGACCCCAGAGGCCUUUGCUCACAAGCACAUACUCCCUUCUGCCCUCAUGGCUGGCCAAGCCAAUGGGCAUCUGCCCAACCCCCAAGCACUCCCUCCCCAGGAUUGUGCAGUAGUCAGAGGGGUCCCUCCCAGGGGAUGGGGCCACGGGUGCUUGGCCCAGCUGUCUCCUCUCCAUGCAAGUGCUGUUUAGGGCAGGAGUUGCCAUGCAAGGUGACAGCGACAACCAUGUACAAAGCCACCACAGCUGCCGCCGCUCUGCCGCCUGUACAGAAGAAACUGAACCUUUUUCAUAUUCUAAUAAAUCAAUGUGAGUUUUUUAUAAGA